UAUGGAUGAAAGUGAGCUGAAGGCCAAAGCACAGCUGCCAUGGAAGAAAAAUCUUAAUGAGAGAGUAGAAGCAAGAGCCCAGGCCAUGCAGCAGAAAAUGUUAGAGAAGGAUAGCCUGAAAAGGGAACAGGAAAAGAAGAUUGCGAAACAGCUCCCAAGGGAUGACCUGGCUAAAGAGUGGUUUGAUACUGAAAGCAUGACGUUAACUACCCGGGCCUAUUUGCUGGACAAGCUUCUACCCACCUUGAUUCCUGGAGUCGAACAGAUGUUAAUGCAAGUAGAAAAGAAGAAACUUUUGAGCAAAGCUGAUAUCCCAACCAAGUUUGAUCCAAUUAAUUAUUUGGGGGAAUAUUUAAUGAGAAACAAUACUCAUUAUAUCAAAGACCCAGGAAUGUCUGGCUACCAGCGGGUGAUGAGAGAGGUCACAGAAGAACUGAAGGUCCAUGUUCCCCAAACAAUCAGUAACAGAGUCUCCAAAAUGAAGGAGAGAGUUAAACAAAAGAGACAACAAAGAGAAUAUAUCAGCACCGUCAAAGUCAAGGUGGCCUCGAUGAGAAAGCAGGCUCUGGAGGAGCAGUUCGGUGAAUGGAUUCUCGACCCCAGAGGAAUGAUUCCGAUAGCUGUGUACAUCUCUUCACACGUUGCAGACUUGAAAAGUGAAGUUUUUGAAGAACUCCUUAAACACCUUUGUCACCGUGCAGAAGAGUUCCGGGUGAUCAUAAAAAGCGACAUGCAGAAACAGAUGUUUGCUGAGCUCUUCCUGCAUUGUGACAGUGGGAAGGUGAAGGCCCUGGAUCGGCAGCGGACGCUGGCCUUACUGGAAACAUUCUAUGAUCAAAGUUCACACCCUGCUAGGAGCUUACUCCGAAACCCACGGCAAUGGCCAUUAACCGAAUUUGAGGAGAUAGAGUGGUCUGAAUUCUGGGGCGAUACAGAUAUUAAAAAGCACAUUUAUGAAGACUUUGAUGAAAUGCUCUUAAGAAUGAAUGUGUUAGCUGCUAAAAAACUUGCUGACAAACCCCAAGAAAAGGAAGAUCAAAAUCUUCCACAACAGCAGAAAGAGACAAGUGCCGACAAAGAACCAUCCCCAGAGUCAGCCACAGAGCCAGGAACACAGCUGGCUUCAGAACAGGAAAUCAGCAGAGAACAGAAACCCCACAGAGAGUCACUUACAGGACAAGAACAAGGCAAAGGGUUACACAAAUCAUCCGUUUCAGGACAAGGAUCCCGCAGAGCGUCGGCAGUAGAGCCAAGAUCACACGGAGGGUCAGUUGCAGAGCAAGGGUCCCGCAGCUCAGUGGUAGAACAAACACGGCAGAGGGGGUCAGUUGCAGAGGAAGAGUCCCGCAGAAGGUCGGCAUCAGGACAAAAGCCACAGACAGGGCAAGACUCAAACAGAGAAUUGGUGUCAGAACAAGAACCACAAAGAGGGUCAGUUACAGAGGAAGAAGGAUCACAGAGAGGGUCAGUUUCAGAACCUGUGCAACGCAGAACAUUAAUAACAGGACAACGCAGAAAAUCACCUGCAGAUACAGGGUCUCGUAGUUCAGAAGCCGGAUCGCGCAGAGGAUCAGGGGUAGAACAAGGACAGAGCAAAGGAUCCGGAGGUCAGCGCAAAGGGUCAGCAGGACACAAAAUGUCAUUUUCAGAGUAUGAAUCACACAAAGAGUCCAUAACGGAGGAGCCGCAGUCUGAGGCAGAGCAAGGACCACCAAUAGACACCAUUCUAGAAGAACAAGACGCAGACUCAACCUCACAAAAAAGCGACACCUCAAAAGAAAGUGAAGCCUCGGAAUUCGAUAAAAUGGAAUCUCCAGAAGAAAAGUCUUUGCCAGUCAUAAAUGAGGAGGAACAAGCUGCCAUGGAUUCCCAACAGGGUGAAGAAGUUCCCUCGUACAGUAAAGAUGAUCGUCCGCCAGGUAGUUAUCUAGUUCCAUCAAAUCAGCAAACUUCAAAACAGGACUCUCAGAAAGACAAAGCCUGUGACCCGAAGCCCCAACAUGUAGAAGGAAAACAGUGGUCAGGGGAAUUCUCCAUCUUUGACUGGAACAUGAAGCAUGUCCAAUCUGAAGAUGAGGAACAGGCAAAACUGAUCUAUGCUGACUCCAGAUUCACAGACCUCCAUGCAAUUAUCAGGAAUACUCAGACUUACAAGGAGAUAAAAGGGAGGAGCGCCUUCGAUGGAGUGUCCCUCAAUCUGGUACAGUUUGUGCAGCUCCUCUUGACGUUCGUCGGUGAAGAUACCCCCUUGAGUGUCAGCCAGAGUCUCACCUCCUUUUUUCAGAAGAACUAUUUUGAAACAAAACAAGAGAAAAUGAAAGCCUUAGAACAGGCUCGACAAAACGCCUUCCGAAUCCGACGGGUGCUUCUUCUAGAAGCCCUCUUUCAGAAGUGGGACAAGGAUGGCUCGGGCUUCCUGAAUCUGGGUGAAGUUGACGAUCUCUUGUACACAUAUAAGGAGGGGAUGGAGAGCGAAUCCAUGAAGAAAGCUAAACUGCACAUUCAAUUUCCAAAGUCCCAUCCUGGUCAUGAAGUCAAACUGUCUUCAAAGCAGUUUCAGAGGUACAUAGAGUUGGUUGUGUCUGAACUCAGAGGCAAUGAAGACCAAGUUCUGGACAGCAUUGUGGAAUUCCUGAUGGGUGCUUUAGAGAGGAGCCACACUGAGGGCCUAAGGAAUUGUGCAAGACGGAAAUGGCUACAUCAGAUCCAACAUGCUGCAGAGACAAGUGGGGUGUCCCUGGAGCCAGUGUAUACUGAGACCUUUAGGGCCCUCACCCAGGAUGCUGAGGCUCAUGGAAAUAAGAAGAUCAGUGCUCACAUUUCCCUCUUAGAAGAAAACAUACUCCUGCCAGAAAGAGGGAACAUUCUCUUGAGGAAUGUGGCUUGUACCCUAGAUGAUGCUCCAUUUGUACUGAACAAAGUGCUCUACAGGGACAUGAAGGGAAUCAGCUUUACAGUAGUGGAUGAAGGCCAGCCAAUCCAUGUCCCACAAGUUCAGCACCAUGGCAACGUCUUCUUCUGGAAUAAUACCCGCAGUAAGAAGGAGCAUAAUGGUUCAUUCCUGGCUCUGCCUCUUCAGGAUGUGUAUAUGAGGAUCUUUGGGGUCCUGGCAGUUGACACUCUUCGCGAUCCUCAUGAAACAAACAUCUUCCUACCUCAUGAGAUCAAAUUCUAUCAGGGUGUUGCCAACGCUUUCAGCACCGCCUAUCACUAUGUGCACAGCAGGGAGCAUGUCCUGCACACUGUGGUCACUGGCAUCAGGUGGCUCUUCAGGAUCACAUCUGGCAUCAGCUCCAUCACCACGUACUUCAUUGAACCUAGCUCGGAGCAGGAAGGCUAUGUUUUACGCAAAAUGAUGGUUACAGAGUAUCUGGGCCUAACAGAAAUCCAUGCAGAACCCCCAACCAUCUCGAGGAAGUCGUGCAUCUUCAGAGAUUUCCUCUUUAAGUGCAUAGACACUUCAGAAGUUAUUUUGGCUUCUACCAGUGGAGAAACCCACAUUGCAAUUCCGCUUCGCGAAAGAACGAGAGAAGCUAUGGGAGUCCUCGAUGUUAACAUUGGCCAGACUAGGAUGCUGGUGUAUCAAGAGUAUAAAGAUCUGCAGAAAAUGAUGAAGAUGAUCCAAAAUGCCUCCGAUGAAAUACUGGGCGAAUUCUCUGGAGAAAUCAUGAAGAAUGAGGUCAUAGAGAUGGAGAAGACGGGAGAAGUCACGCGGGCAGGCAUUCUCUUCUUCCGCACCAUGCUGCAGGAGCUUCGGGAAUGCCUCCAGCUCCUCACCUCCACGGACUUUGUAUCAUUGCUGCUCUAUGAGCACAAACCCCACACGGACUCAACGUUCUUUCAUGACCUGGAUUCCCAGGAUAUAGAAGCCAACGUGGUCCUCGUGCACGACAUCCUGAAAGGAGUGGUCCUGUUUUCUCAGCAGGAGAUAGAAUCUUCCAGUGACCUGGAAGAGUGGGAGAAGUGGAAGUUUUACAUUAACAAGUACUUAGUUGAAGAUCUUUGUGAGUUUGAUCCAACUGCUAGCAAUGUGAAGGUUAAUGUACAGCUUGUUGUGAACUACAUCCAAGAUCAUUCUCGAAUCGAAGUAUGGAAGUUUGGCAAUCUUGUCAUUGAACUCCUGUACCACUGGUUACACGUUUGUUUAACUCUCAUGGAGCUAAGCGACAAACAGAAAAGCUGUAUUUUACCUCCAUUGCCCAAGAAGAGUGAUACCUCUGCUUGUGCAAAAUUCUCAGAGAAAUGAUUGCCAGAGAAACGUUAAGGACUGGUACUAUAGUUAGGACGUGUGUCCGAUGCUGUUAAUAACGAACUGUUGUCAACUGGAAAGGAAUGCCCCAUAGACACUUCUGCUCCCCGGCAUUCACCUCAGCACUCUGUAAAACCAAAAGGGCUACCUAAGGAGAAGUUUAUCUAAAGAGUAUGCAGUUAUGGUGGCCAUAGUCACACGGACCUGAAUAUGUACUAGAAUGUAUUCAAAAUCUCCCUUCCAGUCUGCGCUUUCUAUCUGACCUGAG